GCCGUCGGUGGAGCUAAGCUGACCCGCCUCACUCAGCCCGCCUGUUUGAUGCUGAGAACACCCAGGCAGGAAGGAGCAAAUGUUAGCUCAAAAUGUUUGAACCUGGAGUAGAGCCCCCUGAGUCGAUCCUAAUUGGACAUUAGGGGACGGUACUUUAGGCGCCCUGGACACAGGGUGCCCUGUCAGAAUGAGAAAAGAGAGCGAAAACUCAACAAUCAUUGAACCCCACAGACUCUGGACCGAAGAAAACGUACGCUCAUGUGUGCAGCCGGAGAGUGGUAACAGCCAACUCAAGUCACGUCGAACUACAGAUCCCACAAUACAACGGGGGAAGGACGUGCCUUUCCAAGGCCUGAAACCCGACUCCUGAAGGAGUGUACACUACAAGGGACGCUGGGAUUUGUAGUCAAAUGUUCCACAUUGAGCCGGAACUUACACCCACCCACCCCCAACCCGGUGCCACUUCUUACAGUCCAAACAUCCGAUUCCACGUCAAUAGAAGGCACUUGGAUUGCACAUUUUAGAACUUUUUCACCUACAGGCAUAUGCUAGCAAAACUUACAGGCUUCCUGGCCUCUGACAGACAUUUAGACAACAUUUAUUGAGUUUCUGUAAGUGUUAGAACCUAACAGCCAUUCACCCGACUUCACAGAACUUAAAAUUUUAUUGUGCUACUUUAUUCUGGAGCUCAGAAAUGAAGUACGUCUUCGGCAAAGACAUGGAGGCAGAAGACUGAUCUUUGAAAAUAUGUAUUUGGGAGAUAAUCACGUUCUGUUGAAUACCUUGUGCUGGUGCUGCCAUCGAAAAAUCUGGUUACAGUCUGGGGAGGCCUGCUACCAUUGCAGGACUGAACCGCCUCGGCCCUGAGAUGAGUGUCCCGACAGAGCAGGCACACGCACCAUGAAUAGAUACACAACGAUCAAGCAGCUUGGGGAUGGGACCUACGGCUCUGUCCUGCUGGGGAGAAGCAUUGAGUCUGGAGAACUGAUUGCCAUUAAAAAAAUGAAAAGAAAGUUUUACUCCUGGGAAGAAUGCAUGAACCUUCGGGAGGUUAAGUCUUUAAAGAAGCUUAAUCAUGCCAAUAUCGUAAAGUUAAAAGAGGUUAUCAGGGAAAACGACCAUCUUUACUUUAUCUUUGAGUACAUGAAGGAAAACCUUUACCAGCUCAUUAAAGAAAGAAAUAAGUUGUUUCCAGAGUCUGCUGUAAGGAAUAUAAUGUACCAGAUAUUGCAAGGACUGGCAUUCAUUCACAAACACGGUUUCUUCCACCGGGACUUAAAACCUGAGAACCUCCUCUGCAUGGGACCAGAACUUGUGAAAAUCGCGGACUUUGGAUUAGCUCGAGAAAUCCGAUCAAGACCUCCGUACACAGACUAUGUGUCUACUAGAUGGUACAGGGCUCCAGAGGUACUGCUGAGAUCCACCAACUACAGCUCCCCCAUUGACAUCUGGGCAGUGGGCUGCAUCAUGGCGGAGGUGUACACGCUCCGGCCCCUUUUCCCUGGGGCCAGUGAAAUUGACACAAUUUUCAAAAUUUGCCAAGUGUUGGGAACACCAAAGAAGACUGACUGGCCUGAAGGCUACCAGCUGUCAAGUGCUAUGAAUUUCCUCUGGCCCCAGUGCAUACCCAAUAACUUAAAGACUCUAAUCCCAAAUGCUAGCAGCGAAGCCAUUCAGCUCCUGAGAGACUUGCUUCAGUGGGAUCCCAAGAAACGACCAACCGCUAGUCAGGCACUUCGAUAUCCUUACUUCCAGAUCGGACACCCACUGGGCAUCAUCAGCAAGGACUCAGGAAAACCACAAAGAGAGGUCCAGGACAAGACAGGCCCUCCUCCUUACAUCAAGCCAGCCCCUCCUGCCCAGGCCCCGGCCAAGGCAUAUACGCUGAUUUCUUCACGACCAAGCCAAGCCAGUCAGCCCCCUCAGCAUUCUGUGCACCCCUACAAAGGCGAUGUCUCUAGGACUGAGCAGCUGAGCCAUGUUCAGGAGGGCAAACCAAGCCCUCCAUUCUUCCCAUCCCUUCACAAUAAGAAUCUUCCGCCAAAAAUCCUAGCCAGCCUGGAACAGAAAAAUGGUGAAAUCAAGCCAAAGAGCAGGAGAAGAUGGGGUCUCAUCUCCAGGUCGACAAAGGGUUCUGAUGAUUGGGCCAACUUGGAUGACUUAGACUUCAGUCCCUCUCUCACCAGGAUAGAUGUAAAAAACAAGAAAAGACAGAGUGAUGACACCCUCUGCAGGUUUGAAAGUGUUUUGGACCUGAAGCCAUCUGAGCCGGUGGGUACAGGAACCACUGUCUCCACGCAGGCUUCCUCGCAGAGGAGAGACACGCCGACCCUGCAGUCCGCAGCAAAGCAGCACUACUUGAAACACUCUCGCUACUUGCCUGGAAUAAAUAUAAGAAAUGGCGUGCUCCCAAAUCCAGGCAAAGACUUUCUUCCAUCAAAUUCAUGGUCCAGUUCCGGUUUGUCUGGAAAAUCUUCAGGAACAGUAUCAGUAGUGAGCAAAAUAACUUCAGUUGGCUCAGGCUCUGCGAGCUCCAGUGGACUGACUGGAAGCUACAUCCCUUCCUUUCUGAAAAAGGAAAUCGGCUCUGCCAUGCAGAGGGUUCAGCUGGCGCCCCUCGCAGCCCCUCCCCCCGGCUACUCUUCCCUCAAGGCCGUGAGACCUCACCCAGGGAGGCCUUUCUUUCACACCCAGCCCAGGAGCACGCCCGGCUUGAUUCCCCGACCUCCAGCUGCUCAGCCUGUGCACGGCAGGAUAGACUGGUCUUCCAAGUACCCAUCUCGGCGGUGACUGUCCAGGCCACGGGCCGUGCUCCUCAGCUGACUCCAUUGUACCCGCACAACCACGAGGCGGUGUAAAACAACCCACACUUACAGCUGUUCUGAACUAAUGCAUUUCAAUAUUUCUUUUAAAUGUUUUUUUUAAACAUUGAUUUGAAUGCAAUACCCUCUUUUUGUAUAAAAUUAUUUUAUUCUAAAA